AAUGUCUUUCCCCCCAGACCAUUCAGAGUCUCCUCCCCCUUUAAAAAUUUCUUUUAAUAUGGAUAUUCGAACAAAUGGGGCAAAAGAAGGAUUAAUUAUUUCUACUGGAAUAAUAUCUGGCACACCACAAAUGUUUAAUGGAAUUUUUGGGGUAAAUAAUUCUCCUCUUUGGCCAGCAGUAUUUUCUCCACCAUCGUCUGCUUCAACUUUACCCUUAAAUGAUAAAAAUAAUUUUGAGAUAAACCCCAAUAAAAAUUUGAAUGAGUCAUCGAAGGAACAAUCAAAAAUGUUAUCUCCCUUGAUGAUUUCACUCAAUGAAGUAGAUGUAAAUAAACAACAACCAUUAAAUCAACAACAAUUAAAUAAAUGUUCUUCCCCAACAAAAAGAGAGGGCGGUUGUUGCUAUUCACCGCCCCCAUUAUUGUUUGAUUCAACAACAACCACAACUUCUCUAGAAAUUUUUCGUCCAGACUCGGCCUCGUCCUCUGCUGACUUCUACCAAUUGCCUAAAGCACCGCUUAGUCAAGAAUUAAUUAGAGAACCUCCAGUUGUGUUGGUGCCUGUUGAGGGAGAGGAAUACGAAUUUAACGAGAAGUCAGAAACUCAUUUUUCUCCCAAAAGUGCCAAUCCCCAAAAUAUCAACAAAACAACAAAACCCCCUCCAUCUUCACAACAAAAAAGUGUUCAUUGGGGAGAGUCUGUUUGUAUACAACCUUCCCCUAUUCCUUCAACAUCAACAACACCUUCAUCUCCUUCUUCACUUCCAUCUUCAACAAAUUCAUUUCGUUGUUCUCAACGUUUUCCAAUUCAGAUGGAUGAGGAAAUAAACAAACAACCUUUUAAUAAAGCUGAAAUUCAACCUAACGAAGAUUCAUCUCAAAUCACAAACCAACAACCCAUCCAACUUCCCGACGAACCAAUAAAAUCCCCAACAAUCAUUAGACGUCAACGCCAACAACAUUUUGAAAGGCGCUUCAGUCCCUCCCCAACAGAAAUAUAUUUAAAAUGCCCUCCUAUACCCCCAAAACAAUUUAAAAAUAAAAUUGAAAAGGGGAGGGAUAUUUGGGAGGAGAAUUCUGUUCCGCCGUUGCCUCCAAAGCCAGAACAUCUUAAAAGAAGCAGAGAAGGAAAUUUGGUUUUAAAUCAGAAUUUGCAGCGAAGGUAG